AUGUUCUCUGGCGGCGGAGGGGCUCCGUCUGCGGCAGGCCCCUCACUUGAGGCCUCAGUCGUGAGGACUCUGGACUGCGUGCUGCGCGCUGCGAGCUGCGUCCUGACCUCACCUCACCUUACGGUGCUGCGACCGGAUUCGACUAGCGACGCACGCAAACGAGAGCUUCGCCCUCUGCCCUUGUACCCACUGGACUCUGGUGCUGCAAAAGCAAAGAUGCGGGAGGCCAAACGCUGUAUGGACAGCGCAGCGGCAACGCAGCCUGCCUCGGGAAAGGGAGAGAGAGAGAGACUGAGUGAGACGUGGGUUUGGGCGAACCAGUCUCCCGGACACACGGGAAAAUAA